AUGACACCGUCUGAACCAUGGGAGGCCUUAAAGAUGACGGCGACGUAUAUAAAGUUGGCCAGCCUGGUGGCAGCUGCUUACUCUCUCCACAAUAUUUCAAAUUCGAUCUCCUACAAUGCCUUUGGACACUGAUCUCGUAACCCUCCGGUCGCUGCUGUCUUCCGAUGAAUUAAUUAGUCCAGACUCACCGGAUUACAUCGAAAGUAGCAAGACCUGGGCUGCGCAGAAGCAAUGCAAUCCACGCCUCGUCGUGCGACCAACGUCCGUUGAAUCCCUCAGCAAAACCAUCGCCCAUCUAUACUCGACAAACCUCGACUUCGCCAUCUAUGGCCAGGGCUUCAUGUCUGCGUCCGCCAAGGACGUGCUGGUGAAUAUUUCCUGCUUUGAUGAAUUCCUUCUCGACAAGUCGUCGAUGUCGGUCACCGUUGGUGCCGGGCAGACAUGGGAUCAGGUCUACCAAAGGCUAGAGAAGGAGGCCCCGGAAUAUGGCAUCGUCGGCGCUCGAACUCCUUCCGUUGGAGUCGGUGGGACUAUUCUCAAUGGCGGCUGGUCGUGGCUUUCCGGGGAGUUUGGCUGCAUCUCGGACCCGAUCAACUUCCUCGAUGCAAAGGUCGUCAAGUACGAUGGAUCGGUAGUCUGGGCUUCCUCGGAGCCGGAUCUAAUGUGGGCUCUUCGUGGUGGAGGAGGCGGCGUUGGAGUCCUCGUCAGCGCUGUGCUCCGGGUGUUCCCAUAUCCCCAAGAUAUUUGGACUGGUGCCAUUCUAGUCCCUAGUGAGCAUCUUGAGCAAGUCGCCGAGGGCGUCUCCAACUUCGCCUCUCACGAGUCCGAUCCCAAGGUCACAAUGUUCUUAUACGUUCUGAAAGAAAAAGUGCUCAAGUCAAUCGCCCCAGAGGCCAAGUCGGAUAUGAUGGUGAUUCAUGCGUUUGAUGCUAAUGGAGAAGCUCAUGGCCGAGAAAGCUUCAAAUGGGCGUUGGACAUCCCUGGUGCUAUAGAUCAAACUAAGAUGAGCACACUGGCAGGUGUGGCGGAUUUACAGAAAACCGUUUCUAGUGUGAAACAAACGAUGGCUCAGUACUGGGCUCCUUUCGUGCUCCCGGACAUUACAAAGGAGGUUGUCAUUAAAUCUGUCAAGUGGGUGGAGGCCAUUAAAGAUAUCGACGAAGCAGUUGCGGACUCCACGUACCUUAUCUUUGAAGUAUUCUGCACGCGAGAUCCGCCUGGGCCUAUAUCUGAGGUUGCCUGGCCCAGGCCUGCUGGUAGCAAACAUAUUCUCCUUUUUGGGCCUGGAUGUCCAGCCGCUGAAAUCCAGGAAAAGGCGGCUCUUGCACGCCAGCUGGCUACCGAAAUACCUACCGCAGUAUUGGGAAGUGAUGAAGAAGUGUACAUUCUACCUAAUGGUGCUGAGGAUUACCAUGACCCGAGAAAGAUCUGGGGACAACAUUUCGAUAAGCUGCAGACUGUGAGGAAGCGAUAUGACCCGCAGUGCAGGUUCAGGGCUCCGGUCGAGUGUAAAGAUUAAGCAAUCAGGUCUUUGGUAUAUGAAUCUAAAGCAGAAUAAUUGUACCCCUUGGACAGCUGCAUAAUGGGUAUUAAGAUACUGGGUUAGCUUAUGAUGUUUUGACGAAUAGCGAGGUCAUAGUUAAUCUAGUGUUGCACGUUUCAAUAUCUAUUUGCAUGUUCUUACCCUGGACAACCCCAUAAAAUGACAUAUGCUCACAAACAGAUCCCCCGCAUAUGCCUACUGCCUUCUGGUUGGUGGCUGUUCAUUCGAAUACCAGACUAAGCAAGUCCUACUUACUACUGUUUUAUACUAUCUGGGCUCGG